AUGGUGACCGGAAAGAGCGCAGGUGACAACCUCAUGAUGGACGGCGACCAGCACACCCACGGCGAUCCGUCGUCGACCCACCCUGAGCCUCUCCAGGCGGGCGAGCAGACUUCGCACAACGUCCAUGACCCCAAGGACCAAUACAGCUUGGCAGACCGUGCCAACAAGGAGAAGCUGGAGGAGAAGGAGGCCAAGCGGCAGGAGGAGAAGGAGAAGGACAUCAGGCCUACAGAUAUCGCCGAGUCGCACGGUAACAAGCCAUCGCGCGGCGCACAGGUCGAUGAGAUGCUGGAGAAGGAGGAUGAGGAGCGACUGAAGCAAAAGGCCGAGAGCAAAUCGGCCAAGAAGCACUAG